AUGAUAAUCGUUAUCAUCAUGAAUUCAAUGAACAAGGUUUCUUUUCUUCUCCUCACCAUCUUCGUAUUCCACCUCAUCUCCUCUAUUGUCGUUUUCGAAGCCAAUCAGAACGACUCUAAACCUAAUGCGGAGAAUGAUACCGAAGCCGAUGGCAAGGAGCCUAAACCUAAUACUGAGAAUGCUAUCGAAGCCGAUGGCAAGGAGUCUAAACCUAAUGCAGAGAAUGUCGUCGAAGACAAAAGCAAAGAGCCUAACCCUAAUACAAAGAAGUUUUGUGUGCCGAAAGAUCAAGCUUCCGAUGCUGAUUUGCAGAAAGCCUUAGAUUGGGAAUGUGGCCAAAGCAUUGAUAGCAAUCCAAUUAAGCCGAGUGGCCCUUAUGGUAACCCAUCCACUGUCAAAUCCCGUGCGAAAUUCGCCAUGAAUUCUUACUACCGGUCUAAAGAAGGAGGUCCUAGAGCUUGUGAUUUUAGUGGAACUGCUACUCUCGUUCCUGAGGAUCCAAACCGGGCAACUUCUUUCAUGAUUACUGCAACGUGUAAGAACAAGUUCAACACAUGA